GAAUGAAUCUUAAGCUUUAGCUGAACAAGUCACAUUCUUGGGUUUCUCUCUCGAGCUUUCUAUAUCAAUCUUUAGAGUUAAAAGAGGUCGCACUUUCGUACAAGCCACGGUCAUCCCCACUGUCAUUAUCUGUCACUUUGUGUUCUCUCUUUCUCUCUCUCGGCCUCCUACUUGCUGCUGUAAAUGCAGCUGGGUUUUAGUUUUACUGUAUUAUCUGAUGGGGAGGAAGGGCGGCACUUCCUGGUUGACUGCUGUCAAAAGGGCUUUCAGAUCUCCCACUAAAGACGACGAAGAUCAGAAGAAAAGAGAGAAACGAAGGUGGAUUUUCAGAAAACCCACAAGUUUAAACCAACAAGAAACAGUGACCCAAGAAGCAGCCGCGGAGCAAAGGCAUGUUUCUGCAGCUGCAGAUCAAAAGCACGUGCUUUCUGUGGCGGUGGCCACGGCGGAGGCAGCGAUGGCCACCGCCCACGCAGCCGCAGAAGUGGUUCGGCUGACUAGGCCAUCCAAUCACGCCAGAGAAAAUUACUACGCCAUUGUUAUCCAGACAGCUUUCAGAGGAUACUUGGCAAGGAGGGCGCUUCGUGCUCUUAAAGGGCUUGUGAAGUUGCAGGCAUUGGUGAGAGGCCAUAAUGUCAGGAAACAAGCAAAGAUGACGCUCAAGUGCAUGCAGGCUCUGGUUCGAGUACAGUCUCGGGUGCUCGAUCAGCGAACCAGGCUUUCUCAUGAAGGCAGCAGAAAGUCUGCGUUUAGUGACACCACCAGUAGGGUUUGGGAAUCGCAGUAUCUUCAAGACAUUUCGGAUAGGAAGUCCCUGCAGUCUAGAGAGGGAAGUAGCAUAGCAGAUGAUUGGGACGAACGUCCUCACACCAUCGAGGAAGUAAAAGCCAUGUUGCAGCACAGGAAAGAAGCUGCCAUGAAGCGAGAGAAAUCGUUGUCCCAAGCCUUUUCUCAACAGAUAUGGAGGAACGGCAAGACCCCAUCUAUGGGAAAUGAGGAUGAGCUUGAAGAGAGACCGAAAUGGCUGGAUAGAUGGAUGGCCCCAAAGCCAUGGGAGAGCAGAGGAAGAGCUUCAACUGACCAGAGAGACCACAUUAAAACAGUCGAAAUCGACACUUCUCAGCCUUAUUCAAGUUUAGCACCAAACUACAGAAGAUCAAGCGCAAGCCAAUACCACCAAAACCAACAACAAAGACCCAGUUCACCAAAGCAAAGACCCGGCUCACCUAAACAAAGACCCAGCUCGCCACUCCAUAGAGAUAGAGCCUACCAAAGCCAACCCUUUCAUCAUCACUCCCCUAUCACACCCUCCCCAUCGAAAACCCGGCCUGUCCAAGUCCGGUCUGCCAGCCCUCAUUGCAUUAGAGAAGAUAGAAGUUCCAAUGCAUCUCAAACUCCAAGCCUUAGGUCCAACUAUUUCUACACUGGUGCUGUGCACCAACAACAUAGCAGCAGGGCUGGUAGCACAAGCAAUAGUAGCAUUGCCAAUUCUGGUGUUGCAUUGCCUAAUUACAUGGCUGCAACUGAGUCUGCCAAGGCUCGGAUACGCUCUCAGAGUGCACCCCGGCAAAGGCCAUCUACACCAGACCGGGAACGAGCAGCCGGAUCAGCAAAGAAAAGGCUCUCGUUUCCAGCUCCUGAUCCUUAUGGCGUGACAAUUGGAUAUGGAGGUUAUGGACACAGCUUGAGGAGUCCAAGCUUUAAGAGUGUGAGUGCAUCGCAUUUCGGCAUGGAGCAACAGUCUAACUAUUCUUCUUGUUGCACUGAGAGUCAUGGUGGUGAGGUUUCCCCUUGUUCAACUAGUGACCUUAGGAGGUGGUUGAGGUGAUUAAAAUUGACUGGGGGGGAUUGUGAGCUAUAACUUGUCUCAAUCUUUUAGUUUGAUUUGAAUUGUGAUUAAGAGGUAGUUUUGACCACUAAAUAAUGUUCUAGUGGCAAUUGGGAUGUAAUUUUAGAGAGCAGUGAGUAUUUGGGUAGGUAGCAGAAUGAAUCUGAUCGAAGUUUUCCCCCCUUUUUAUGAUUGGCUUGAAGUUAAAGGUGCAAGUGUGCUUUUUAUUUUAUUUUAUAUUUUAUGAUGAACAUUUUCUUUUA